AUGGGAGUGUGUGGUACUGGUGACACAUUUGUCCUUAUCGGAAACAUGAACAGCCCGCGGCGAUUCCGCAUUGCUACCGGCCUCCGCCUUCCCGACCGGCUGCACUCAUCCAUCCUGUUCCAACUUAACAACCGAGCGAGCAUCUGGCCGACUUUUCGUGGCCCUCUAAACCGGCCAUGCAGUCCAUGCCAUUGCUGUUCAGGCAGUCUCUCAGAUACACUGCUAAUUUCACAAGAAAUUCUUCCUCUGUCCGAACACCCCUCCUAUCUGCGCUUAGCCCGAAAGCUCUUCCUGUCGACAGGCGGCGAGACAGAUAAACAAAAAGACGACAAGCCUGCAAAUCGGACAAAAGAUGGAGAGCCUUCAGCUGUCCCCGAAGGUAUCCUGAAGGCUGAGGCAGAUGCGGGGAGUCAAGGGUCUUCCUCCGUUGUGGAGGGUGGUGGCAUACCGAGAAGUGAUCAACCUGAGCAAGGAGGAAAGAAUGAUGCUGAGCCAAAUGGUUCUAGAUCUGGUGGUCUGCCGUCAUACUUGGAAAAUCGGCGGUCACAAUUUUCGAAGCAGUUUACGGCAAUGAUGGAUAACCUGCAAUCCAACAUAUUUGUGGCUGGACAGCGAUUGAAUGAUCUGACUGGCUACUCAGGUAUCGAGGCCUUGAAAAAGGAGAUCCACAGCCAAGAGGAACGGCUUCGAGCUGCCCGUUUCCAAGUUCGUCAGGCUAAGGAUGCCUACUCCUCUGCUAUCAACCGACGAUCGACUUCGCAGCGCGAAGUCAACGAAUUGCUUCAGCGGAAACAUGCCUGGUCGCCUGCGGAUUUAGAACGGUUUACCCAUCUCUAUCGGAAUGACCACGCCAACGAGGUCGCGGAGAGCGAAACACAGGAGGCUUUGUCUGUGGCGGAACGUGAGUCUGAAGAGGCCGCAGCACAACUGAGCAGAAGCAUCCUUUCCCGAUAUCAUGAAGAGCAGGUUUGGUCAGAUAAGAUCCGCCAGAUGAGUACCUGGGGCACUUGGGGAUUAAUGGGAGUCAAUGUACUUCUUUUCCUCAUAUUCCAGAUAGCCGUGGAGCCCUGGCGACGCAAGAGGCUGGUCAAAGGCUUUGAAGAAAAGGUCAUUGAAGCCCUUGAGAAGGAAAAGACCAUAACGCAAGCCCAAACCCUCAGUUCCCAAGAGGCUGUGUCGCAACAGUUACCAGUCACUCCUAUCUCCCAUGAGAUGGGGGAGUCACCAGUUGCUUCACCGUUUGUUGUUCAAACCCCUGCCGAGGAAUCCACACACGGCAACAUCCCAGCUGUCCCAGCAGAGAAUACAGAGCCAGCCACCGAUCCUACGCCCGCCACAAUGACUGACGCUACUACAAAUGGAACGACUAUGACUGCCAUGAACAGCACUAUUGAAUCCUGCAAAUCCCAAAUCUCAGGAGUCUCCUCUCUACCGUCCGUUGAGACUUGGGGACAGUAUUUCUAUGAUCUCUUCAGUGAUCGUAGCUUUGUCAUUACACAACGGGAUCUUUCUACCAUCGCUAUUCAAAGUGCGGCCGCCGGUGCAGCUGUCAUGGGAUUGGUGAUCGCGCUUAUACGGCAACAAUAA